AUGGCGCGACCUUCCAGUCGCCCUGCGGACCCGCAGGAGGCACCGCGCGGCUCAAUUUCCUCAGUCCCUAUGCACGAGAUCGAGCCAUCACCGGUCGACGAGGAAGAGGACCCGUUUGAGUCCCUUCCGCUCCCCGCAACAAGCAAGAAAACAGAGACCAGCAGCAACGGAACCAACUUCUUGGGUCUGACACCCUCAAGAACUGUACAUCUCCUCUCAUCGAUACAAAAAUAUGCCACAGUUGGGCCUUCUCUAUACCUCGCACUGCACUACACCAACACCGCACUCAUCCCGCUCUUCACCCAGUCGCUGUCCAAGUCCGACAACCUCCUCCUUCUCACUCGACCCUACUACCAGUCGUUUCCGCUAGAGCCAGUCCUCAUCUUCCUGCCCGUCAUCACUCACGUUGCGUCCGGCAUCGCUCUUCGAAUCUACCGGCGUCGACAGAACGCAAAACGUCAUGGCGCAGAAACGCACAACGAGCGGAGGAGCAUACCGUGGCCGAAGCUGAGUCUGACAUCUGCGCUGGGCUACGCGCUGUAUCCUAUGUUUGUGGCGCAUGUGCUGGUGAACCGGAUCACACCGCAGAAGGUCGAAGGUGGGUCGUCUGGUGUUGGACUGAGAUACUUUGCCUAUGGUGUGUCGCGGCAUCCCUGGUUCGCGAAUCUCGGAUAUGCGGCGAUGUUGAGUGUGGCGAGUUGGCACUUUGUGGGUGGCGCGGCCAAGUACCUGAAGCUGUCUAGAGAGUACGUUACGGACGGUGGUGACUGGGGCGCGAGGAGACGGAGAAGGAGAGGAUGGAUCAUCAACGCUAUAUCAGCUGCUGUAGCCGGUGCGUGGAUCGCGGGAGGCUUGGGAGUCAUUGGGCGGGCGAAGAACGGCGGCUGGCGGAGCUGGGAGACGGUCAACUGGGACAAGAUCUACCAAGCUGUACCAGUGGUCGGAAAGUGGAUGUGA